AUGGAUUUAACUGCUCUACUAUUCAUAAUAUCGCUGGCAUACGCUGCUCCAUCCACGAAAACUUAUACAGUUCUUCACUCCCUACCCAGAAAGGCCGACUUCGAAACUAGACCGUUGCCAGAUACCCCUGAAAUACCCAAAAACUGGGCUGGGCGGCUUGACAUCCCUGGAACACCUAGGGGAAAUUCGCUCUUCUUUUGGCUCUUCUCAGCCGAGGACAAAGCAUAUGAUGACAAUCUCAUAAUAUGGUUGAAUGGUGGUCCAGGCUGUUCCUCACUCGUUGGAGCUUUCCUUGAGAAUGGCCCUUUGCGAUUCACGGGUAACUCCACCACCCCCGAGAGGAAUCCCUAUUCAUGGACUAAGCUUGGCCAUGUACUAUAUAUCGACCAGCCUGUGGGAACCGGCUUUGCAUCUGAACAAAUUCCAGUUACCUCGAAUAAGGAAGUGAUAUCAAACUUUUAUGAGUGGCUAGUAUUAUUUGACACCACCUUUGAUCACAUUCUCCGUACGAAAAAAGUGCACAUUAUGGGUGAAUCGUAUGCCGGCAUCUAUAUCCCGUAUAUUGCCAGUGAGAUCAUGAAACGCAAAAGUGAGCUACCAGUUAACCUAGUGUCGAUCGCCAUUGGUGAUGGAACUAUUGGGCCAAAUACCGGAAUGUCCUCUCUUGGGAUUGUGGGAUUCCUCGAGGAAUAUGCAUCAAAGCUCCAAGUACCCGAGGAUAUUAUGACUGCGAUCUCAUUUGGGGAUCAUGCUUGCGGAUUCGACAUAAUUCGUCAACGCGCAAAGGUUUACCCCCCUAAGGGACACUUUUAUCUACCUGGAGGAUCUGGAAAUGCGAAACAACCCAGGGCAAGCAAAUCAUUACAUAGAGGUAUAUCUGAUGAGAGUUUGGAAUUGUGCAACAUUCACCCUACUACCCCUGAAAGUAUUAAAUCAUCCAUAUUCAGCUCAACAUGUUAUGGCCAAUGCGCGGUAUACGACACUACGGCGGACUAUCUCAGCUCCCGGAAAUGUUUCAGCAUAUAUAACAUUGACUAUGGCUGCGGCUUCAUAAAUCCCACAUCCACUCUCGAUUCAUAUUUCAGCCGAGCAGAUGUGCAAAUCGCAUUAAACCUAAUGCACCCAAUGGAUCAAUUACGCCCUUUCCAGUCCUGCAAUCCUAGAAUUCUUGAGACUUUAAUGGCUCUAGCCAACCGACCAGUUCCUCCCUCUUUCGAAAUCCUUCCAGAUCUUCUUACGACUCAUCGGCUGCCUGUUCAUAUUUACCAGGGACGUUUAGAUAUGCUCAUAAACCACGUUGGGGUCGAAGCCACCAUUCAAAAUAUGACCUGGAAUGGCGCCCAGGGAUUCCAGGAGUCACUCCAUUUUGAGUUUGGCAGACAGAAGGAUAAAGCUGUUGGACUGUGGAACGAGGAACGAGGGCUCAGCUACCAUUUGUUCUUUGAGGGUGGGCAUUUCCUACCCGCUGAUCUCCCAAAAGAGGUAUUCGAUUAUGUCAAAGAUGUCGUUUUAAUACAGUGA